AUGUACCCCAGCUCAGCCAUGUUGCUGAAGAUCGAGCCACUCGUGACGCAGCCUUGGCCGGCUAUGCCAAGUCCGACUGUCAAGGACCUGGCGCCGGGCUCCGAGCGCAAGCUUUGGUUUGGUGCCCUCACCGUCGCCGCCGGGGGCACUCGGCGGAUCUCCACGCAAAGAAGAGCUUUGAAGAAGGUAGGGCUUACCAGUGACUUCGGCCGUGCUGGCUGUGUUUGCGGUCUCGAAGAUUUGGAUUUCCGUGUUCGCGCAGCGCCCGGUGAGGUGACCUUUAUCGAUCCCAUCGAUCCCCGACGAGGAGGCCAAGAAGGUCCUCUCCGAGAUGCUGAUGUCCGAGCAGCUUUCAGUUUCGUGGGGCGUUGGGCCAUGGGUCUUGCCAAAGAGGCAGACUGGUCAUUCAGCGUCCUGCUGCGAAAAGAGGCUCUUGAAAGCCGGCCUCCGCAUGUCCCGAGCUCGAGAGCAAGCCUUAAACUACAGGAGGCCCUCUCUUGGCUCUGCGAUCUUCAAGACUUCUCGUGCCGUCGGCCUCCUGCGCACGAGGUGCCCUGGCUCCUCGAGCACUUCCAGUUGCACACAAAGAUUGCCACGAGGAUCGCCUUGCCUUUUCGCGGCCCUGGCAAAGGGGUCAUCAUGUCGAGCGAGAUGCUCGGUCACGAGGACAUCCGAUUGUUCAUCCGGAACCUACGCAAGAGUCAGUGCCAUACCUUGGUGAUACUGUCGGACCGCAAUGCCCAGCUGCGCUGCCUCUUGCAGAACGCCUGCGACAACAACCUGUGCGUUUGGGCCGACUCGCCAGAAGCUCCCAGAGAGAGCGCAAGAGGCAAGUCGGUUCGC